CCACACUGUCUAUGUCAUGUAACUCAAGUGACAAUCUGUUGACGUACUUUGCAGUGGGAGGCACCUCAUCCACUGCUCCAGGAGCGGGUAUCAGACUGUACGAGAUUAUGCUAAACUUCACACAAGAAGAAGAAACUCAUAGAGACCAAGAUCCCGUGGUAUCAUUUAUGGAGAUGAACCGUAAGGUCAAGUCUGUGAGGGGGGUUAGCAAUGAUUGGCAUAACCAGGAUGAAGACGAUGUGUGCUUGGGUGGUGCAGAAGCCAGUAGUGACUCCACGAACGAUUGAGAGAACGGUGGUUUAACGACAGAAACCGAAAUCUUCAAGAACUAUAAACGUCAUCAUCAUAAUCAUCAACGUUACCAACACCGAGCUGUAGCUUUUAUUACUACGCGGGUGACAUCAAAGAGGGGAGGUGUGAAAGGUGCGCCAAAAUCUUCAAAAAUAUUUUCCUGCUGUACGAAACAUUCUACUCGCUGGGACGCCUCAUGAAGCAGAAUUAAAAACCAGGAAAUUUCUAGAACGGAGAUGUCAGCUAUUCCGUUUGUAUAGGAUGGAUAUUGAAGGAACAUAUUUUCGUAAAAUUGUCUUUUUAUUGUGGAAUGGAGCAAUAUAAAAAUAGAGAAGUAAAUUCGCGACUUCGGACGAAUUAGACAAACGUGUGCUGUGCGGCUGUUAACAUUGUGUACGUGGCAGUUGUCAUCUGACAUGUCAUCAGGAAAAAACAGACUGACGCAUUUCUCGUUCUUCAAUUGUCACUAUUGUCUGCCGCGCGUGUGGUUGUGGUCGUUGAUGUCUCGUCCCUUAGCGAGAUACCAAUGGGACUAAUUAUCAGAUAAUAUUUGUUAAUAUAAUAUAAACACGGAGCUAAGUGCAGAUAAUGUGAUACACCAAGCAGUGAGGAAAUAACUUCUUGUUAACGGUCUGGACUUCAGUUGAAACUAUGGAAGUAUCACUUCCCGCUCCAAUGCCUCUAGACUUCAGUAUCACCGUUAGGUCCCGGCAGGACCCAACGUCUUCGAGUUCGCCGGCCACCGGCCUCGUGCUGCCCGCUAACGUCGCCUCGUCUAGCGCCGGACUUCUCAAGCUACUCAAGGAGAGUGGAGCCCCACGGCCGGGAGGGGCGGCGGCUUCCGGGGAGUCAAGCAGCGCAUUCAGGGUUGUCACCCCCAAAGGGAAAGUUGAAGGCGGCGACGGCCAGCAGCAGUCCUUAGAAAGUGGGUCAGGAGGUGUACAGACCCUGUUCUCUUCGCUGCCAGCACCUGCAGCAGGACUCGGUUUCACUACGUAUUGCAGUAGACUAUGGGGGGCUCCGCUCCUGCCCAUGAUACACCGUUACCCCCCUCUGUUCCCGGGACCACCAGAGGGCACCAACACCAGCAAAGAUCGCGAUGGGAUCAAAUUCGGUGUGAACCGCCUGAUGGACAAGAUGAGCAAGGAGGCAGACGAUGGCUGUACCAGCAACACCACAAACAACACCAGCAGGAGUGACGUCACGACGAUGACGGACAAACCUGGAAGUUGCGACUGCGGCGAAGAACUGCUAUCCCCGGACAACGGGUCGCCUGGACACAGUGGACAACCACAUCAGGACACAUGGCGAGACAGGUCCUGCUCGACGUCACCAGAACUCGAAGUUGACAGCCCCCCACGAUCCCCAGAAGUCAAUACAAGACUAAGAAGUCCUUUACAGCGAAGACCCUCCUCGGUAACAGAAGUUAAAGCAACGAAAACAGAAGUCACACCCAUAAAAAAGUCUGAGACUUUCAGUGUAAGCGCUUUACUUAGGCCGGACAUUCCUCGAAGUCAAAGGUCGCCUUCCAGAGAGUCGUCAAUCCUGGGCCAUCGCGCGAACAACGGUGCGGGACAAUCGUUCUCAGAGACUAUCUCAGUGACGCGGUCAUUCAUGUACCCGGCACUGCCUUUCGCCGAUCUUCUAAUGCGUGACGGUGUCAUGAAGAACCAACACCACCAAAGUGAUCACCAUCAUAAUCACCACGAAUACCCCGGUAGUUCAUCUUCCAGUUUUUUACCGAGGCACUUUGUAGGUACAGGUUUCGGUUUCCCGCCUAGUCUUUACCCAGGAAUUCCAGCAGCGCCAAUUCCGGGAACUGUAAGUGGAGUUGGUAACAGUAGCGGCCAGACGGGGAGCAGCUCCAAGAAUGAACUUAUGGACGGUAACAGGAACUUUCUGACGUCACCCGCUGUAGGUUCGCUGUAUUUCAGUUUAGGCGCUGUUCAAGCUGCGGCCGCAGCAGCUGCAGCAAUGGCCAACUCUUCAUCUUCAUCGGCGUCCUCGAACGCAGGGAGCGCCGGUAGCACAGGUAGCGGGGGACAUCCUGCGUAUCCUUCAGAACAUCCGAGCCAUCACCCAACGGCUGAGGAGUUGUUUCGCUUGAGACAUCACUUCAUGGCGGCCGCAGCGACAGCUUCACCUGGAGGUUCUGGCCCCCUGUCCCACCAGCACGUGGUUCCGGGCGCACCCGAUCACCACCAUCAUCACCACCACCUCCUGAUGAGGGGGCCCGGUGUUGUGCCCCUCGGAGACGUCUACUCGUGUAUAAAAUGUGAGAAGAUGUUCUCCACACCACACGGACUUGAGGUUCACGCCAGGCGGUCACACAACGGCAAGAGGCCUUUCGCCUGCGAGUUAUGCAACAAGACCUUCGGGCAUGAGAUCAGCCUCAGCCAGCACAGAGCUGUUCACAACGUUGAGAAGGUGUUCGAAUGCAAACAGUGCGGCAAGUCGUUCAAGCGCUCGUCCACGCUCUCGACGCACCUGCUGAUCCACUCGGACACGCGGCCCUACCCGUGUCAGUUCUGUGGCAAACGCUUCCACCAGAAGUCAGACAUGAAGAAGCACACCUACAUCCACAC